CUGGGACCAGUAGCAUAUAGCUACUUAGUAUACAGAUUCCUUCACCAAGGCUGUGUGUUAGUGGUAAGUGGAUGAGCAAUAAAGCGUUAAGGCGACGAGCUUAAGGAAGCAACUGUGCCUAUACCGCACCAGUGAGACAGUGGAAAAGCGUGUCAAACGAUGGGAAAAUGCGUACGGAAAGUGUAAUAACCUAACAGAAAAGCUCGUUAACCUGUGAUAAGACGAACAGAAAAGUUAACCGGCCUGUGAUCAGACAAACGGAGAAGUCAACGGGCCUGUGAUCAGACAAGUGGAAUGGUUAACCGGCUUUUGACCAACGAGUCGGAAAUCUGCACUGUCCUGUAAACAAAAAGUGCAACGACUUGAUAACGGAUAAAUGGAAAUAGUCCGUUAUCAGACUAACGGAAUGCUACACAUGAUACAAGGGCCAGGAUAGCGGGAACAAGGGAUCAUGUAUACGUAACGGUGUUUUCAUUUCUGUACAUCAUUCAGUUUGAGGUCAAGCUUAGACAAGAAUAGUCUGGGACCAGGCAAACGGAAACGUUGAUCAUUCCACGAUAACGGAACAGAAAAGGUGUGUCUGCGUUAACUUUGUAACAUACACACGUAAAGAAGAAGCGCAUAGUAGUAGUGGUGCCUUCCACAUAAUUGUAUUCUAGAGUCGUUAUAGUAAACAAAGAUACUAUCAAACGUGGCCGUGUUGAGGAAUAUCCAACAGGUGAUCCGAGCAAUGCAAGCAAACAUGAUAUGGAUGAUAUGUUGAUUCGAUACCUACAAUAUACCCAACACAGCUCCAGACUUUCGUCUUAGUAAGGGAAGGAGGCAAAAACAGGGGACGAAUAUAAAUGUUACGGUCAUUCACACGACAAAGGAAACGUAUCUGCCAUAUCAAUCAAAGAAUCAUAGGAUGGUGGAGAGGCUGAGAUUCGCUAUACGUGAUGAGAAAUAACAGUAAAACUGAAACGUACAUGAGAUAUUCAUAUGACCCGGUGACCGGGAAAUUAAAUACGUACGUACAUGUGAAUAUCAACUGGAGGUUGGAAAUGUACGGAUUUACACGCAUGGCGAGUUACACGACAGCUGCAUCGAGAAUUCAUUCAACGGUGUGAAAGUACGGUAGACAAAAACGAACACAGCGACGUAGAGAGAGGGGGACGUAUUCACUUGAACACAGGCAGUUUGGAGGCAGUGUAUGUAUCGUUGUGCAACUCCAAUGCUCUCCCGAAGCCGCGCACGUGUGAAGCAUUGUUACAUAGCGGUACAGCGGCUUGACUGUCGUGUUUACCCCCUAGCCACACUCCACAUCAUGGACGCUGGCGGUGCGUAACCCGCUGAGAACUACAGCUGGGGAUUUCCGAGCGGACUUGUUAACAACGAUUCUCGUUCAAGAGUGUUCACCCGAGAGGGAAUGGAACUUAACAAAGCUUAGCCAAGGAGCGAUCACUGCUGUGCACGAUCGCAACAAGUCUUAAUUGUGGGGUGACAGGGAAUUACGAUGCUGUAUACCUGAGUCUCACUGUACGUGUUUACAUGUACGUGACAAUUAGAGAGAGUCUAUAUAUGUACAUAUAUACGUCCAUAGGCAAAUUGCAUUAAUUUCUUCAGACCACGCGUGGUUACAAUUGUAACUGGCGGACCGAUUUAAUUAUAGAUACCUCUCACUUUGUGGAAAAUCGUAGCUGAAGCUGACCCAGUUAUUUUUUCGGUGUCACCGUGGCGGUUUUAUGUCGUGAUUUGAUUGAUGUUGACUAUACCGCUUCUCAGCGGGUCCCUUGUACUGACUGAUUGCAAACGGUAAUUCUGCGUGUGUCACCUGACGAAAACAAGGCACGAGAGGCAUUUAUCUACGAGGAAGAUCGCCACUGAUGGGCGAAGUGGUCAAGUCGCGUACACCGAGACGUCGAAUUUCACAAAAUUUGUGGUCGUUCAAGUCUAAUCAACAGUAUUGAGAUGUCAGUGAAGUUUUCCCAGCUGAAGAGACACAGUCUCGCCACCAUCUCGGACUUUCUCGGACGUGGGUCAGGUGAUCGGGGCUACACUCUACCGUCAUUCCGAGGAUUCUCCAAUCUGGGCACGGACUCCUCAGUGAAGAAUGAACUGCUGGAGAGUGUCCAGACAGCCAUCGUCCAACUGUUCCAGAAGAAACGCCUGGCCACCGAGCUCCACAUCCUUCAGGAGAAUGUCAGACGCCUGACUAAGACGGACAGUUCUCCACCCAUAUAUGAUUACUUCAAGGAAAAGUUGUUGCGGAAAGGAAUGGUGAUUUUGCGGGAGUCAAUGAAGAACCAAACAGGAGCAAGUCUGCUUGAGAAACUGGGACAACAGUGGAGUCAUUUCUACACGGUGAUCCUGCCGCUGCUUCAGGCCAUCCUCUAUCCGCUACCAGAGAUGGAUUUGCCUAUUCGUGAAACUUGCCUGGUAGAAUUUCGAGACACAGUCGUUUUAAAAAUAAACCUCAUGGAGAGUUUGGAAUUCCCUGACGUUGAGGUUUCUCCCCUUAUAGAACAGAUGUUACUCGUAUUACAGAGUGUCAGGGAUACAGAUCCACCAAACAAGAAUUACCUUCGCUUAGAGAAGUUAGUAGCCAGAGUUGUCGUCCCUUAUUUAGGCCACCGGGGAUUAUAUGAGGGACAGUCCGAACCGGAAAUUGCCUCGUUAUUUGCCUCAUCGGGCAAAGAUACAGAUUCCGCUCCAGAACAAAGUAAACCAGAUGAAACCACAUCUUCCAAGACGUCCAGUUUGAGUUUACCGCGCCAUGUAUUAUUCUCUAGACCCGCUCACCACAGACAAAAUAGUGCCAUCAGUAUUAAUAUGACUUUAGCUCCUGUGGCGGAGAAUGACUUUAUGCGACGACACAGCAUAGCACUGGAACAAGUGAGCUAGCGGUGUGUAGGGCUAGCUGGCUAGAAGGGACCAAUAUGACGCCUAGGAUCUUUACCGUCCGGAAUGUAUAUGCACAUAUCAGUACGCCAGAUUAUUCCGUUGGUCUCUGGGUACCAAGAUUUCCUGAGCCGAUAAUCGAGUGAGUCGUGCCUAUGGAUGGAUGAAUAUCAUUCUGCUGGUAGAUAUCACUACUAAGUUUGUUUUCUGUGGAUUUCUAUACCAAAUACUUUGACUAUUCCAUGUGUUUCAGCAUACUGCUUACGUAUUGUUGUUACUUCUGUUGCCUUGAAUAGACAGUUCUGUAUCAAGGUAAUGGAAAAAUUACCAUGUACCGCUGUCAACCAUUUCUUGCCACUAAGACAAGCUCUGCUCUCGACGGUUAGCUUGCGGAAAUGAGUGACUAGUCAAAACCACGACGUCAGAAAAUGGAUCUAAACAAAAUCGCACACUGAAACUUCUGAGCGUAUUUUUUUUUGUGAAAAAAAUAUGUGGGUGAAAACGGAAGAAGGGUGUGCCUUCUGUGGGUUAAAAAUUGCAUUGUUUGUGACUAAGGUGUCUGAGAACAAAAGUCUAAGAAAUUCCAGAAAUAAAUGUGUUAUCCACCAUUGUAUCCCUGUUUAUAGCUAUACUUUAUUCGGCAAUUCUGAAUUCGCCUUGCUCACACAACCCAUGGGGCCUUGAUGAUUUUGUGACCGUGAACAGAUGACCUGAGGCGUGAGAAGUUUGUAUUUUACACAUCGGAAAGUUCGUCAGUAUCUCACCAAAUAUUGAACGUCCAUGUUUGAUCAAAUGAUUCCUUGUGUUUAUAGUUACAACAUCCAAAAAAAUUCUGUCCACAUAUUUUUGUGCUUUUUUUAACUUUCAAGAACGUACGUUAAAAAAAUGUUCGGGCGUUAAUGAGAAAUAACUCGAGCUAUUAAUUUCUCCUUGAUUAAGAGUACCUUUAGAAUAUUUUCUUGUGAAUGUUUGUUUUAUGUUGAGAUUCAGUGCAAAUGGCAUCAAACGUAUAUUUUCGUCAGAACUUAAUAUCAGUUCAUUAAAUUAUAUUGGACGCUGAUUCCAGACACGGUUGAUUUGCGGUAAAGUGAUGAACAAUAUACAGAUUUAUUUUCAAAUUCAUUACAGUCUUCAUUGCUCAUUAUGAAUAUAAUCCUCUGAAUAGAGAGAUCAUUCAUGUCUGUUAAGGUAAACCGAAAUAAUUCAUUUAGGUGUUUGAGAGCUGACCUAAAGCUUUGAGCUAGAUAUGAGUACCCUCUUGUGGUAUUUAUCAAUUGACAUUAGACCAAAAUUGUGUUCAUCUUGAAAGUUUAAAUGUAUCCGUCAGAUAAGUAUACACAUUUACACGAAAAUGUGGUCGAGGCACACUUUCAGAAAAAGUACAUAGAAUGCAUAUUUUGGCAAAACUCUAUUGUAUAUUUAUGUAAGUAUAGGAGGGGAUGCGAACCUGUUGAGGCAUCCGCUAGUACUUGUUUUCGGACCAUGAACUUUUACAAGUGAAAAUGUUCACUAGGCUGAACAUAGCCAAACUGAAUACUAUAUACUACAUUCUAUUAUAUUUCACUCGAUUUUCAAUGGCAUGCUUUUCUAACAAUUUAUUGACGACUGUAUUUUGUAUUUCACCGGCUACGUGUGACCAUUUGCCGGCUAUCCCAAUGUUGUCGCUGCUCUCUUUUUUCACUCUAUGUUGUAGGUCUUAAUUAUAUUGUAUUCCUGCAUAAACCGGGAUUCUGCUUGUCGACUAAGCACCCCCAAGGCCUGGUCCCUUUACAUCGUUUAAUGUAACUGUAUCUUAAAUGUAAUGACAACACACCAUUUUGAGUAAUUUUAUACCAGUGACGUCUAAUAAAUUGCAAUUAACAUUACUGCAACAUUUUAAUCUUAUUCUGCUUAAGCCAUGGUGCUACUGGGCGUGUAAUUGCUACCAUUUAUGCAUUUACAUGAACAGUCAGAAUAAAACCCUGGCUGUAGUAAAUUGACAAGAGGCCGUAUUUCAUCGCUUACGUGUGACCAUUUGCUAGCCAUCACACUGUCGUCGCUGCUCUAAUUUUUCUCCCUGUACUGCACGUCUUAUUCAUUAUAUUCAUUAUAUUCAAGCCCCAACCCAAACUGUUCACAACCCAAAUUUAAUCGGUCGAUCCUCUUGGGAUUUGAACCAACGACCUAAGAGACCCUAGCUUACGCUUCAUUCCACGAGGAAGUCCUCGUUGACGAUGUCCAGUGUGCUAUGUAGCUACCGUAUUUAAGCAUAAAAUAAGACGGAUUUUCUUCUCUCGUAAAAAUUAGCGAUCGUGUUUAGCGCCAGCUGGGACACGAAGUGCGAAAUAACUAGUGUAGUAUAAUAGGACUGAUUACCACUGAACAAGACACGUGCUACGUGCGAGAAACAUGUGGCCCCCAGGCGAUAUACACAACAUAGGACGUCGACAAGCAAGGCUAGAAACGAUAUUUCAUUGACACUACACUAACAGUGGUGUAUUAUGGUUGCUUUAGUGUUCAUUCGUGGUGGGGAUUGGCAAUAAUUUUGAAAGCUAUUUCAAAUAGUUUAUUUAUUUACUUGUUUAUUUAUUUGAGCGGUGUUCUACAUUGGAAUUUGGAAUAGGCCUACAGUGAAGCAGAUCGCUGAGCAACACAGACAGGUGGACAAAAUCCAACUCGCCAGUUACAUAUAAUGAACUAUUUACAAAUAUUAUCAAGUGUGCCAAAGGUUUUAACUUCGCUAAAAAACUAAGCAUCAGUUUAUUCACCUUUUAAACAGCAGGUAAAAUUAUCUGCUGUGCAGUGAUCGAAAAGUUAACCUAUUUACGCUAGGCGUCUUUUCAGGGCUAAGCUGCUAGUAACAAAAAUUUACUCGAAUGAAAAGGUUUGAGAAAGUUAUGUUAUGUGAAAGACCUUUUGCAUCGCCAGUACCAAUGGCAAUGAAAGAGGUUAUUUGCGGAAUUUGCGGAAAUUGGCGUAUAAACUUCUAGUUACUUGUCUGUAGUGCUUCACAGUACCGCAAGCUCUGUGUUCUUGGUGUUGUUGUUGUAGACUUGUAUACGCCAUCAGAAUGUAACAGCCAGUUAUGAUUUAUGUACAUUUUAUACUGUCAGUGUUUAUUGAAGGUUUGUUGACAUUAUUAGUUUGUCUUGGAAUAGCAACCGUUAAUGUACCACCCCGUACGAGUCUUUAUGAGGAAAGAAAAAUUCUACUUGGUGUUUAAGAGAGUUAAAUAAAGUGUUUAUUACAUAAUACUUUGACAUUACGUAUAUAUUUUUUUCAAACAUUGUUCAUUUCUGAAGACAAAAUUGACGUGUGCUGCUGUUAUCUCACUAAAAUCAAAUACUUUUGCGACCAAUUCCGAUUGCUUUUCAUCGUUGAUAUAUUUUUGUAAGCUGAAGACUUUUGAACGGCCUGUACAAAGUGAGUCUAAAUGGGAAUCAAGGCGUCUCCGUGUGAUAUUUUCUAUCAUUGCCUUUUGUUUCGUUAAUAAAAGUGUUUU